AUGUUACCGGAUUCCCAAGUCGCGCGCUCCCGUCGCGCACUAGCGUCGCCCGUUCCUGCGACGGGCUCUCGUCGCCCGCUCCUGCGACGGGCUCUCCGUCAUAGUCAAUCACGCGUCACACGUUCUACCGUCACUCGCUCCACGCCCUCCCCGUCGCCUUCGCUUCCUCUAACCGUCGCCUUCGCUUCCCCUCCCCGUCGCCCGCGCUUCCCCUCCCCGUCGCCCGCGCUUCCCCUCCCCGUCGCCCUCGCUUCCCCUCCCCCCGUCGCCCUCGCUUCCCUUCCCCGUCGCCCGCGCUUCGCCUCGCCGUCGCCCGCGCUUCCCCUCCCCGUCGCCCGCGCUUCCCCUCCCCGUCGCCCUCUCUUCUCCUCCCCGUCGCCCGCUCUUCCCCUCCCCGUCGCCCUCGCUUCCCCUCCCCGUCGCCCUCGCUUCCCCUCCCCGUCGCCCGCGCUUCCCCUCCCCGUCGCCCGCUGUUCCCCUCCCCGUCGCCCUCGCUUCCCCUCUCCGUCGCCCUUGCUUCCUCUCCCCGUCGCCACCGCUUCCCCUCCCCGUCGCCCUCGCUUCCCUCCCUUCCCCUGCCAUCGCCCUAUCCGUCGCCCUUGCUCCCCCUGCCUCGUAACCCUCACCCCCCUCCAUCCAAGAAUGGUUGAAUCUGCUGGUUUGUUCGCGGAUUACCUUGCGUCGCUGCCGGCCGCGCAGCUAGACCGCCUAUACUCCUCCCUCUACACGUGCCAAGCUGUGCUCAGGUAA